UAUUCUUGUCUACUUCUGAUUACUGAUUUAUAAAUUACUACUAGUCAUCCACAGUAACAAGGAGAUAAUUAGGAACACCACACGUAUACAAAAAACGAUAUAAGUAAUAAUAGUAAUAAUAUAUAUAUAUAUAUAUAGACGAGCAUUCGAUAAAUAAUCACGCUUCCAGAAGACGCGGUACAGUAUUUCGUUAAGUACACAAAGUGUUGCUUUCUUCUCCUCUCCUCCUUUGACCAGUUUAAAAUUACGGGAUUUUCUGUAACAAAGUUCGAGGACUUGGUGCAAACUAAGAGAAUUACAUGUCGUGAUAAGUUUCCAACAUAAAAGUUUCUCGGUAUUGAAAACAGCCACAAAAAAGGGUGAUUUGCUCCUCAUUUUGAUUAUGAUGUACAUUUGCUGGCUGUUGUCGAUAGUGACAGUUGCUUAUAGAAGUGCAGCUUUUCCUCGACCACCUUUAUCCACGCGUGAUGAGACAUCUGCCGCUACCCCGUUGCCUUGGAUGAAGAACACUGCUAAACAAUUUCCCAAGACUGGCCAGGUUCGAAAGGAGAAGUUAGUCCAACAAGAGUUUAGCACGACUAUUCCCAUACCUCGUGGCUUAAAUUUAAACAGGAAACUACACAUUAGUGAGUUUACUAAUCAAGAUAGCCAUAACCCUUUUCUGGACAUGUCAGAAGGGACAGUCCCCCCAAGAAAUAGGAGCUUUUCAGACUUUGCUAUCCAAAUAGAAACUACUUUAUCAAACCAUCAGCUGCCUUUUUAUGAAGGAAUUCGUCAUUUCAAUGAACUUGUUGACCAAAAAACAGAUAAAAGUAAAGGCUAUGAUAGAUUUCCAAUAGAUAAUUUCGCACUUGAUGAUCAUAUUCGAUCUACUGGAUCUAGCAAGUCACUAGACGGUCCGAAACAUGAAGUGGAAAAGCAAUUAGACCACUUUUUGACUUUAUUUAUGCAGCCUCAGGAGGGACACGCAGAGAGGUUCAGGAGAAAAUGGCCAAGUAUCUUUCAAGAAGAAAUGGUUCCAGAACGUUCUAUUCGCCCAGUACAUAACGCAAGAAUGAUUGUUUUUCCUGACGAAGUUGAAGAAAAGGAUAAAUCUACUUCCAAAGUGUUCAGUUUUGAAGAUAAUAUUACUGUUAUAAGUAAAGUAAGUCGGACAACUACUGCUACUGCUACUCAAGCCCCACCUCAUGACCCUAAAGACAGAAGCACACAACUGGAGGAGUUAUCGUCUUUUGAGGAUCUUACGACCAUUCCCAACGUAUCCAAGAGUUCUAAGAAAAAUUCAAAAAAAGGACCCGAGAAAAAUAAAAAUAAUAUCAGUGGUUCAGACGAUGAAAAACUUCAUGAGCUCACUAUAAGGAACCUCAUUAUUGGUGCUGUCAUAUCAGCUGUCGCACUUGUAUUCUUCACUACAUUUCUAAUUGCUUGUAGGUGGAGACAACGUUCGAAACGUAUGGUAAAACGAAGCGAAAAAUUUAUUGAUGAAGUUAGCACUAGUGCUUCGAGUAAAGUACGACGUUUUCCCUUUCGGUCGAAGAACAAAACUACUCCUGUAUCAUCGACAUUUCAAUAAAUUGUACGUUUUGGUUCCAAUAAUUAUUCUCCAUAACGCUGGAAAAUAUUAAACAUGUAGUUAAAGUGACCUCCAAUGUUGAAAUGAGAAAACAUCUUGAUAUUUUUGUAGUCUUCUGGUGAGACAGUGAUGUAAAACUUAACAAUAUAAAACUCAAGUUUUUGGGUUUCGCAAAAAAAACGCAUGGUUAAUAGUGUUUACAAUACUAUGUUUUUAGCAUUUAUUUAGUUCAACUGUUCCUGUUUUUGAUUCGUUUGUUUGAAAAAAGAUAUUUAACCCAGUUAAUGGCUAGUGUUCUUACAUUGCUAUAAUGGGAGUGAAUGUACAGAGUGUAGACAGCUGGUCUGUAAAUUAAUGCUGUUUUAAUUCCUGGAUUUAUUCUAUAUAGCAUUUAGAGUUUUUAAGACUGUUGCACUAUUAGGAAAAAAAGUGUAACGAACAAGAACAGAAAAUGUCAUUCGGCUUUCGCGAUGAAGUUUCUUCAAAGUCUUCUUACUUUUCCUAACUUUAUCAGUUUCAAAAUCAUGAGUACUACAUUUUAUCACAUUUGGUUGAUACUAAUUUUCUAUAUAAGCAUAAAUUAUAGUCAAAAGUUAUAUUAUUAUAUAUACGUAUAAAUGUGUAUGGGUUUAUAGUUAUGUCAUAGCGUUGUAUUAAAAACAAUUUUUGUAAAUGUAAUAAAUAUCAA